AUCGUUUAUAAAAAAGCAUUUGUGAUAAAGAUUUCUUUUAUACUUUCUAUUUAUUUUUUAUUUCAAAUAACAAGAGUAUAUUCUACAUAUAUAUGUUUAGUAUAGCUGUCAAACUGUCAAAACCAUUUUAACCUUAGAUUUUCUUUUAACUAUAAAAUGAUUAAAAUCUUAUUGUUUUCAUCAGAAUUAUCGCUUACUAAAUAACGGUGAUUUUCAAAAUUUUAUUAUAAUUCUUGUACGUGAAUAUAAUCGACAACAUGAAAGUCACGGUAAAAAUUCUUCAAGGAAAACAGUGCGUGGUUGACAUUUUGCCUUCUGAGACUGUUUUGGAACUAAAGCACAAAGUUAGCGCUCUUUUGGGAAUCGAUGUGCCUCAACAAAAAUUACUUCUCACUGGCAAAACAUUAGAUGACGAUAAUCCACUGAGUUUUUACCCUGGAAUUAAAGAUGGCAGUAAAUUGAAUUUAAUAAUAAAGAAAAGUUAUCCAGUGCCAGAACUUUUAAAAAGUAUGCAACUUUUAAAAACCGAAAUGACAAGGGUUCUCCGACGUUAUUAUACAGAAUCGGAAUCGGAAUCGAUAGCAGACGAUAUAAUAAAAGAUUUAAAAACAAAAGUGAAGAAUUGCAGUUACGAUGAUUUGGAAAGACUUGCAACAGCACUAAUGCAAGAUCAGGACAUAAAAUAAAGUAUGAUCAUCAAAUAAAUCAUUUUUUUCCCCCUCCAACUUGUUACUAUACUUCGAUAUUGUCAUUUUUUCCAAUCGAGUUAAUUUAGCGAUAAAAAAUUUUCUUUGAAAUCACAAAAAUAAUUUCAUUUAAAAUAUGUAUCAUUAAGUUAAUUGUCUGUGUUUAGACAUUAAGUGCAGUAACAAAUUUUCAACAAAAAAAAAGUAGAAAUAGAUUUAUAUUUUAUUGUACAAAAUAGAAAUAACAUAAGCUUUUACACGACAAUAAAUAAAUCACUGAUCUGCUAAA